CGAAAGAGACAAGAUGAACAGGACUGCUCUCCAUUUGGCCUGUGCCAAUGGCCAUCCAGAUGUCGUUGCUGUCCUAGUGGAGAGGAAAUGCCAGCUUGACCUCUUUGAUAAAGAUUAUAGGACUGCUCUGAUGAAGGCUGUACAAUGUCAGAAUGAGAGAUGUGUGACGAUUCUUCUAGAACACGGUGCUGAUCCAAAUCUUAUGGACAUUGCUGGCAAUACUGCUCUCCACUAUGCCGCCCUUGGUUCGAAUACAUCAAUAGCAGAGAAGCUGCUUCUACACCAUGCAAAUAUUGAAGUGAGAAACAAG